GGCACUCCGCACCACCUUACCUUGAUGGUGUCCAGCGGGUGCCCCACGAACACCAGGCAGACGCCCCCGAAACCGCCAGCGAAGAAGUUCUUCAAGGGGCUGAUGGGCUGCGGCUGCUUGGCCAUGGCGGCGGCGGAGGGAGACAGAGCUCAGAUGAAAUCAAAAGAACGAUAAAGUUUGGAGGAAAAAAAAGAAGCUGCACUUGCUUUCCUGGUCUGCAGUUUGGCAGGGCAUUAAGAUGUCCGUGGACAUGAACAGCCAGGGCUCUGACAGCAAUGAAGAGGAUUAUGACCCUAAUUGCGAGGAGGAGGAAGAGGAUGAGGAUCCUGGGGAUAUUGAGGAUUAUUAUGAUGGGGUAGCUAACGACGUGGAGCAGCAGGGAGCAGAUGCCUUUGAUCCAGAGGAAUAUCAGUUCACCUGCUUGACUUACAAGGAGUCGGAGAGCACUCUCAAUGAACACAUGGCCAGCUUGGCUGCCACGUUAAAGGUAUCACAUGCUGUUGCAAAGCUAGUAUUAGUUAGUUUCCACUGGCAAAUCUCAGAGAUUUUGGAAAGGCACAAGGCUAAUGCUGCCCAGUUGCUAGUAGAAGCUCGAGUCCAGCCCACCUCAUCCAAACAUGCAAUGGUACAUUCCUCCCACCACUGCGCCGUGUGCAUGCAGUUUGUCCGGAAGGAGAACUUGCUCUCCCUGGCUUGUCAGCACCAGUUCUGCCGCAGCUGCUGGGAGCAGCACUGCACAGUGCUCGUCAAGGAUGGUGUUGGAGUGGGGGUGUCCUGCAUGGCUCAGGACUGUCUACUCCGGACACCAGAAGACUUUGUGUUUCCAUUGCUGCCUAGUGAAGAGCUGAAAGACAAAUACAGGCGCUACCUCUUCAGGGACUAUGUGGAGAGCCAUUACCAGCUGCAGCUGUGUCCUGGUGCAGAUUGCCCUAUGGUCAUACAGGUACAAGAGCCAAAAGCCCGGCGAGUGCAGUGCAAUCGUUGCAAUGAGGUCUUCUGCUUUAAGUGUCGGCAGAUGUACCACGCACCCACAGACUGCGCGACCAUUCGCAAAUGGCUCACCAAGUGUGCAGAUGACUCUGAAACAGCCAACUACAUCAGUGCUCACACUAAAGAUUGUCCCAAGUGCAAUAUCUGUAUUGAAAAGAACGGAGGCUGCAAUCACAUGCAAUGUUCCAAAUGCAAGCAUGACUUCUGCUGGAUGUGUCUGGGAGACUGGAAGACUCAUGGCAGCGAGUACUACGAAUGCAGUCGGUACAAAGAGAAUCCUGAUAUUGUAAACCAGAGUCAGCAAGCACAGGCCAGGGAGGCCCUUAAGAAGUACUUGUUCUAUUUUGAGAGGUGGGAGAAUCACAAUAAAAGCCUACAGCUGGAGGCACAGACAUACCAACGAAUCCAGGAAAAAAUACAAGAAAGAGUUAUGAACAACUUGGGAACAUGGAUAGAUUGGCAAUAUCUACAGAAUGCUGCAAAACUACUUGCAAAGUGUCGUUACACCCUGCAGUACACAUAUCCAUAUGCCUACUACAUGGAGUCUGGGCCCAGAAAGAAGCUGUUUGAAUACCAGCAGGCCCAGCUGGAAGCUGAAAUUGAAAAUCUCUCAUGGAAGGUGGAGCGAGCAGACAGCUAUGACAGAGGGGACUUAGAGAAUCAGAUGCACAUAGCAGAGCAGAGACGGAGGACCCUGCUGAAAGACUUCCAUGACACAUAAGAGAGGAGGAAGUGACAGUGCAGGGGUGAGAGCAGCGAGUGAAGUGAUGGUAGCUUCACUGGGAUAAGCAGGCACUGCCUCUGGGAGAACACGGCCAAGGACAAAGCCACCCCUCCCCUUGCAAGUCAGACACAUGCAAACACCACCUCUUAGUCCAGUUUGUUCUCUUAUCUUUCUGUUUCUGUUUCUGCCAGGCUAGAGGCCAGAGCUCAGAUUGGCAUAUUUCCUGGGCCAUUUCCCUCCUGCCCUUGAUGGUUUCAGAACGGGAGGGAGUUUUUUUCUGAAUGGCUGUUAAUAGUGUUAGAUCAUUACAGUUUAUGUAAUUUUCAACGGUUGUACAAUUAUACAGACAAAACCUUAGAAUAACACAAAACCCUUUUUAAAAAUAAAUUGGCAGUGGAGUGUUUUUCCUUAAUCUGCUUGUAAAUUUAAUGGGCUUUUCCCCCUCUCCUUCUCCCUUCCUCUGACCCAAAAAUCCUCCUAGUCAUUGAAGGAGGUUAAAAAAUAUCUCAGCUAGAUUUUCCGAUGCUCCUUUAACCAGGGCAUUGCAGCAUUGGCAUUGCAUGAGGAGAGUGGCUGCUGUUAAGGGUGGCUGCUGCUGUGUCUGGCCUGACAGUACCAGCAGUGGCUGUGACUCAGUUUGAUCACAUGUGACAUCUCUUUUUCUUGUAAAUGAGCUGUGCAAAAUCCAGCUACACAGACAAAAACAAACAGAGGAAUUGUCAGGGACAGAACAGGUUAACAUUGGGGAAUAUGCUUGAGUUUCAGAGAAAUUGAGAGAAAUCAGAUUCUGCAUUUGAUGAAUUUAGGUCUUCCAUGUAGAUUUUUGCUUUACUUGUUUUUGUGGGGAGGAUGUUGUAUUGCCAAAGUGAGUGAUGAGGGAGUAGUAGCAUACAGUUGUUAAUCAAGGCUUGGGGCUUUUGCAGAGUGAAAGAAUCCAUGUUAUAACAGUGCCAUGCAGCCUGAUAAAGAUUAUUUGUGCCUGCUGGGUAGCAUGGCUGAGAAAAAAUUGAUCUCAUUCAUCAAAGUGAGACUAAACACCACUAUGUUAUGAGGAGGAAAGAUUGUGUACAGCACACUCCCUGGCACGUGUUGGCAAUGUGGACAGGCACUUGAAUACAGGUGCACUGCUUGUGCAGAGCCUGCACCAAGCCAGGCAGAAAAUUAACUAGCAAAAUUAAUUUAUUUGUAUAUUAGUAUUGAUGCUGGUGGGAACUUAUCAGAAAAUUGAUUGUUAGGAGCAUGUGGAGCUUUUUUAUUAACAUUCUCUUUUCUAAUGUAAAAUAUACACUAAAAUAAAAAUAUGAAAAACCUAGUUCAUCUUAGUAGGGGUUAACAUGAAAAAUGUUACUUAAAUGCUGACUCUUGCCUGUUUGCUACAGGAAGCAGGCCAUAUAUUAGGAUUUCACAGAUAUCUGUGUUACUUGCACCAGGAGCUUGUUGUUUACAGCCAGUAAGGUGCAGCUGGAGUCUGAUCUGAGGAAAUUUUCACCUCUGUGGGGAACUCAUGGGAUUCUCUUCUAUGCUGUAUUUGGAAGUGUUGCCUUUGAUGCAUCCCUGUAUUGUUCUUAUGCAAUGUCACUUGAUAAAGAUUAAACUGGAGGGGGGAAAAGUGCUAAAUUCCUGCGUGUCAGAAUAAGCUAACUCUGCUGUUGGAGCCUCUUUGGUACCUGAGAUGUGACCCAGGCACUUGCAGCAGGUGCAAUUGGGCUCAUAGAUUUUAUCAAGACUGAUGCUUUAGUUUAAACAAGGAGUAGCUGUCAUAGGAGCUAAUCCUGUGGCCAUGCUUGUUGUACACAGCAGAAAAUUUCAACCUGAGAGGCCUUUUCCUUCCUCCCUCCCAUCUCUGGUGUGGGAUCUAUCCUCAGGGAACAAGGGAAUGCACUGGGAGGAGCUGCUGGCCAUGAGUGAGUGUUACAGCAGAGGCAGCUGAGGGUAGGGCAGGCUCGUGGACAGAUGGCUGGAGCCAGGGAGCAGGGCAGGGAAGGGAUCUGUGGUUUCUGGGAGCAGCACUGCUUGCUGUGGAAGAGAUCUCCAUAGCCAUGGCUCCUUACAUUCCUGCUCUGUCCUGUUCUGGCUCCCCUCGAGGCUGGAGCUGUACAGAUAAAUCUGGCCUUGCUCCAGCCACUGUCUCUUGAUUUCAUUUCUUACUCUGCACCCAGCAGCAGCCUCUCUGUGCCCUCCUCAUGAUAUAUCCUAGAGGUCAGUCUCUCUUCCUCUCCCCUUCCCAAAUGAUUGUCUUGGCAUGCUGCUUCCAUGGGAGGGGAGUCGAGGAAGGUUUGCUGAGACCCAGCAGUUUGCAGUGAAUACAAACAAUGUUUAAAGUAUUCCUUAAAAAUGUAACGUGCAAAGUACUGAUUAGGAUAAAAGCUGGUGUUCUUGUCCAAACAUAACUAUCUUAACACCUAGUCCCUUUGCAGAGCAGGUAUGUGGAGUUUCCUAAUCCCAAAGAAUUUUCACUUCUGUUACAUAAUUGUCCAGCUUUGAGCUAAAUGAGAAUGAGGUUUUGUCUCUCCUUCCCUCCUUCUUUCCCUCCCUCUCUCUUCUAUGCCCCCACAAAAUAUUUUGCUAUGAAUUCUCAUUUGUGGACAAGCCAGACCAUAUAGCUGUGGCGAGGCUUGCUGAACAGGCUGCUGAGAUGCUUGGCUGAGGAACAGUAAUAAAGAUUGCACAGUGCACCCACUAA